CAGCCCACGUCCCACGGCACCCCUCAGACUGCCGCCUCCUAGCAUCCAGGACCUGGGGCCAUGCCAGGUGAGCGGCCCCACGAAGCGCCGCCCUCUGCCUCCACAAGAGACCUGCAUCCCCAUCAAGGUGCAGGGGGCCUGCGGUGCCUCUCCCAGGCCCCUCAAGAGGACCAGUCCCUCAGCAGCAGGACAGCCCAGGCUGCAAGGGGGACAGGCAGCAGAGCCCUAGCCAGGGACCCACCCAAGGCCCAGCCAGAGCUGGCUCAGGAGGUGGAGCUGCAGUCCACACUCCUGCGGCCCCGCUCCCUUCAUGGUCCCCCAGGGAAUAGGGGUGGCCCCCAAACCCCACCUGCAAAGAGCCACCCAACCACACAGGUGUGGCUGGCAAGCAAGGUGGACAAGAGUCCUCCACAGCUCUAUGGCCUGGGCAUUGCCAGCCCAAGAGCCAAGCCCUGCCUGGACGAGCCCCCUGAGGACUGGCCACACAAGGCCCCCCAGGACUCCAAGGCAGAAGCCUGCAGCAGGCCCAGCCCCCCUGGGGCUGAGGUCCUGCCCACCCCCAAAGAGCUCCAUUCACAAAGGUACUUCCAGGAGGACCUCUCUAGCUUUACCUCCAGCAACUAUACCUCACGGAACACUAACCCAGGACACCCUCAGGCCCCGACAAGCAAGGGUGCCAGCCCUUCAGCAUUGGCCUCCCUUCCAGAGCUCCAGGCCAGUGGGGCCAGCUCCUGGCCUCCUGCUGCUGAGGACAACUUCCCAGGUGCUAAUUUUGGGGUCUCCCCCACCAAGUCAGAGCCUUUUCUCGAGGGCAGUAAACCUGGCAGCCCCAGGGGGAGCCCUUUCCCAUACCUGCUCCAGACACAGGCCCCCCGUGAGGACACAACUAGGCAGGGCUUUGCCAGUGGAGCACUGGCCUUUGCCUUCCACCAGCCCCCAGGGAGAUGGCCAGAGGCAGCCAUAGGCACCAGCCCUGUCUGCCCACUGCCCCCCAUAUCCUCACGCCUGCCCUGCUACCCCUCUCCACCUGGUACUGCCCCCCUGGCUACAAGGCCCUUCCCUGACAAUUUGCACAAGAAUAUGACCAAAGUCCUCCCUGAAGGACACACUUCAGGCCAUGAAGGCCUAGGGAGCCCCAGGGCACCCCCAAACUCUAGGCCCCCGGGGCACUUUCCAGGACAGGUGUAUGGAGCCAAUAAGGGGGGCAGCAGCCCAGGACCUGGGGACACUGAGCUGGCCACCCCCAGAGCCCUGCCAGCCAGGCUGCCCCAGCUGUGGGAUCCCACAGCAGCCCCCUACCCAGAGCGCCCCCUGUGCACCCCACCUACUGCUGCCACUGCCUUUUUUGAUGGCCCCAGCCAGCAGUUCUGCCUCCCCCACAGCCCCACAGUGCCCUGGUCCUCCAUGUUCCCCAGUCCUGGGCCAAACCCCCACCAGAUGGGAGUGCUGAGCAAAGUGCCAUUCCCCAGGGAGCCUCCUGAGUGGCAGGAGGGCAGCCAGGGGGCUCUGGGCGCUACCAGCCAGGCACCUGGGCCUGGGGAGACACUAGUAGCCUUGAGAACCAGCCCAGGCCAGCCAGGUAGCUCCCCAGGGCUCUUCCCCUAUAGUGGGCUGAAGGACCCUGGGGCCCAGGCCCUGUUCUUUGGGGGUACCCAGCCCCAGGCAUCACCCCGAGGGGCCCCUGCCCUGCCCCCACCCAGGGUAGUUGGGGUCUCUCCCAGCGAAUCCCCCCUGCCCUCACCUGCCACCAACACAGCAGGUAGCAGUACCUGCUCCUCCCUGUCCCCACUGUCCAGCAGCCCAGCCAACCCUAGCUCUGAAGAAAGCCAACUCCCUGCACCCCUGGGGCCUUCAGGCUUCUUCCUCCCAGCCCCCCAGCCUCAGGAGACUGGAAGCCCCUUCCAGUCCUCAGAGCCCCACAACACUGGCCAGGCCCAAUUCUCACUCAUCUCAGAUGGGCUGGGGCCCGAGGGUGCCCCUGAGUUCCGGAGUGGUGAGGGCCAAGGGGCAGUCAGGGUUGGGCUGCGGGGCUUCCACCAGGGCCCAGCCACCUAUGCUGCCCACCACUUCCCACUGAGCAGCGCCAGCCUGGACCAGCUGGACGUGCUGCUGACCUGCAGGCAGUGCGACCGCAACUACAGCAGCCUGGCUGCCUUCCUCGAGCACCGGCAGUUCUGCGGCAUGCUGCUGGCCCGGCACGGACCCCAGGGUCACCUGACUGCCCGCAAGGCGCUAGCGCCCAUGCACCCAGGCCUGCUAGGCCACAGCCAGAACAUCCCCUUCCUGCUGGCCGGCGAUGUGCAGACAGAUGGCAAAGAGGACACCUUUCGGACAAGUUUCCUGCCCAGCCUGGCCACCCCACCCUUCCCAAUGCCUGCCUCAGACCUGGACGUAGAGGAUAAUGCCAAGCUUGAUGAUGCAAAGCUGGACAGCCUCAUCACAGAGGCCCUCAAUGGCAUGCAGGACCGGUCUGACAGCCCUGAGAUUGAUAGUAGCUUCAUUGACGUUUUUGCCGAUGAGGACCCUCCUGGCCCCAAGGGUACCAGCACUGGGCAGCCCCCCAGCACCCGGGCAAGUGCCACUCCAGAGCAUCAUGCCCAGCACCUGCCCCCAGAGGGAGGAGCCACACUGAAUCCCAGAGUUCCCUGCCCUGGGGACAGGGUGUGUCCAGCCCAGAGUGAGCCCAAUACUCCCUGCCUGGGCCCAGAGCCCACAGAGACCACUGUGACAAGCCCAAGGAGGCAGCUUCGGAGAGGGAAGCAGCUCAAGCUGUUCUGGAAAAAGCUAGAUGCAACCCAAAGCACCAAGAUACCAGGUAAGGAAGCCUGCUUGAGGCCGAGGAAGAGGGGCCGAAGCACGCAGCAGCCCCCACGAGACCUCAGAACCACCGGGGACCACAUGGACCCUGGUGAGCAGGUCCCCAGGGCAGGUCUCCCUGCAGAGACUGCAAAUGCCAAGCACCCGAGGCUGCCCCCCAGGAAGCGGAGGGCACGGCGGGGCAGCAGCUGGGGCAAGGGGCUCAUCCACAAGAUUGUGCUGCAGAAGAGUAAGCUGUACCGGCCACAGGUGCCCCCACGGGCCAUGAAAAGCCAGCUGGGGGGCUUCAACCAUGCCUCCGAGUCUGAGGAAGAAACCCUUGAGCCCAGGGGUCCUGGCCGCAGAGGCUGCAGCCGCCACAGCCACCAGCAGUGGCGCCCAGGCAGGAAGAUGAAGGCAGAGGCCUUGGGCCGGGGCCCUUGCAAGAGGAAGAGGCCAGGACCCAGUGAGGGCAGGACCUGCCCGGCCCCAGGGCAGCAGCACAGCCCAUUGCCCAAUGGAGACAGAGACUCCAAAGACACAACCAUAAAGGAAAGUCACCCAUCCCUAGGCCUCCACCAGGCAGUCCAGAAGCCCAAAGCUGCUGAAGAGUUUCUGCCCUCCUGGGAGAAAGGACACCCCAGGCCCCCCACUGCCGAGUGUCCACGGCCAGGCAGAGGUGACCCCCACAGACCCUGGCCCCCAGGGAGCAGAGGUGUGCCAAGGCUAGCAAGGAGUGGUCUGCAGGACACCCCCAGCCACACAGAGCCCCCCGAACACCCUGAUGGAGAAGACAGCCCCGCUUGCCAGCCCAGAGAUUUCCAGGCACCCGCUGCUAACGCCACCCAAGUAGCCUGUCCUGCACCUGGCAGCCCGCGUGCUGAGAGUUCUGAUCUUGGGUACAGCCCUGCUCACUUUAACAGAGACUCUGUGGGAGUUCCAGCUGCCCAUAAGAGGCCCCAGCCCCAUAGCACUGCCCCUGCUGAACUGUUCCUCAGGCCCAAGGACCCAGCUGUGGACGUUCUGCCGGCCAGUAGCUCCUACCUUGACCAGGACCAUGUGGACCCCCUUGAGCCCAAACCGCCAAAGAAUAUACCUUAUGCAGCUGAGACUGACCCAGAUCCAGCCCAGUCGCCACUGACCUUGGACUCCACAAGUCUCUUUGCUGGGCUGCCUGAGAAUGGCUUUGACCCGCCACUCCUCGACAGCCUCUCCCCACACAGGGCCACCCCCAUGCCACUGGCCUGUCCUAACCCUCUCCUAAGGAAACCUCAGAUAGAGCCACUGUUCCCCCCAUUCCUGCUGCUGGAGGAAGUGUCCCCGAUGCUGCCCGGCCAACUUACUGAAGUCUCAGGGCCAAAGCCAUUCCACAAGAAAUGUCCCCAUGAAGACAUACCUCCCCCAAGCCCUGCACCUGUACCUGGAAAGAGAAAUGAACACAGCACAGCUUUUAUGAGCAACCUGUCUGAGGAUGAACUAGAAAUCAAAAGAUUGGUCUCUGAAUUAGAAAGCCAGCUGCAAAGGCGAGAGGGUACCCAGGGAGCCCCCAGGGACCUCGGUGAAGCCACAUGUGCAGCCUCCCCAACGCCGGCCUGCCAGGCCACCCCAUCCCUCAGUGACACAGCCCACCUUGCAGGUCCUGAAGCAUCCAGACCACAUCAGGAAGGUGUAAAAACAGUGUCUACCAGGAAAGGGGCACUUGGGAGCCCCCAGGGGGAGCAUCCCUCAGCCACAUGCCACCCACGAAAAGUGACUCCACUCCCUGGCCACCACAAAGACCAAGCUUUGGGGGCUUCUUCAGGGCCCAUGGGGUGCAGCCUCAGUGUUCUUUCAGCACAGGAAAGCAGAGACUGUGAGAUCAAAGGAGACAGCAGGGCCCCUAAGGGCAUGGUUCUGCCUGACCCCCAAGAGCACCCAGAGGUCCCCCUGGAGCCUGGGGGUUCAGCAGAGUAUAGCCCAGGCCAUGACCUUUUAUCUCUCAGAAGUGAUGAGUCAACAAGUACCCCGAAGAGCAAGGGCUCCCCACCGCAGCUUUGCUGGGAGCAGAGUGGAAGACAGCCCCCUGAGCCCCGAGGUUGUCCAGCCACCCAAGCACCUGAUGAGGGGUUGCAGGGCAGUGGGGAUGUGUCUCUAGAUGCCAUCCCACCCACAGAUGCUGGCCACAGCCAUGCUUCCAAGGGGCCUGGGGCCCCUGUCACCUUGGCAGAGAGAUCUGCCCUCCAGAGCCAAGAUGGUCCAUCCCACCACAGACCCCAUGCUGGCCCAGCCUCCAGGCCUUCACAUCCAUUCCAGGUCUUGGGGGACAGAACUGAGGGUGAGGAUAGCAUCCAGGUCUUACAGGAGCCUCCACCUGCCAAUGCCCCAAGCCCUAAGCACGGAGCCUCCCCAGGUCCAAGAGGGGACAGAGUGACAGGUGGCUCCCCCAGAGGCAUGCAGGACACAGCCACCCCCAAAGGACCCAAGGCAGAGAGACAGCUGGGCUCCCCCAGCCCGGCUGAGAAGCCCAAGGCCCAAAGCAGAGCCUACCACUGCCUGCCUAAAACCUGGUGGAGCACGGGGGCACCAGGUAACAGUGCCAAGGUUACUGCCCCUCCUGAAAUGCCUAGGCCAGCUGGGGCCACAACCAGGCUCCAGGGAGACAGCAUAGGCCUUCAGGAGUGGGCACAGCCAGCCCCUAGCCCUCAGCGCCCCUCAGAAACAUCAGCCUGCACCCAACAGGGGCCUGAGGAUAGGCCCCCCCAGGAGGUGGCCAGUCCAGUACCUCCAACAGGGGGCCUGGCCACAGCCACCCCUGCCCUCUGCAACCCUAAGGACACACCCCAGGAAGCUCUUCCCUCUAUAUCUCUGGGAAGGGCAAGCUGUGUCCAGACCCAUGUAAGAUCUGGGGGGCUCCCUGCUGGUCCCCUAUCUUCGACAAGCCUCUGUGGCCUUGGGGAUAUCCCCUCUCCCACUUUCCUGGAGGCCAGCAGCCCUGAAGCCUGGCCAGGCCUCAGCAACAUCCCAGCCCCAACCACCACCCAGAACCAGGAUGGCCCCAACAGUAGCACAUCAAGAACCCUAGAGGAUUUCAGAAGAGAGCCAGGGGGCUCCCCAGCCUGUGCCAUCCUACCUCAACCAGGAGUGCCUGCAGCCAUCAAGGAACAUGAUGCAGAGACUGUCUCCCCUGGCCAUGGUGUAAAGGAGGCUGGGGCACUCCAGGUGCUAGGCCCCACCUCACAUCCUCCAUGCCUCACCCCCCACCUUGGCCUCAGAGAUGGCCACAGCAUCACAGCCGCAUCUACAGGCCCCACCUCAGUGGAGUCCACACAGCCAGGUCCCUACCCCUACCUGGAAAGGGAGGUGGAGGCCGUCAAUGAGGGACAGGAGGAUGUAGGCACUUCUGUGACACAGGUGCCCCAAGCCAGUCCCCAAGGCCUGAGUGCAACCUGCUCUUCCCCAGCUGCCUCUCCCAGCCACACAGCCAGUGACUUUGGGUCCAAAUCCCCCCAACGCCAUAGCAGGGCCCCUCACCAGAUGCCCCAGAUGGAGCCCCUCAGUCCCCCAAACCUGAAGCAGAAACUCUAUGGCUUUCAAAAGGAAGCAGAACCCACAGAGAAAGGGAGGCCACCUGUCCCCUGUGUAACCUGCGAGAUCUGCUUAGCCUCCUUCCGCUCAAGGCCUGGCCUGAGCAGGCACAAAGCCAGGAAACACCGACAGCAUAGGGGUACUGCCCUGCAGCGUGAAGUGCCUGGAAAAAAGAGCCUCAGGAUACCUGAUGGGAAGAGACCAAGUCACACUUCAAUGUGCCCCAGCCUCUCUGCUGGGCCACUUCCUCCACCUGGCUCCACAGCACCUGAGGGCCCCUUGGAUCCUGAGAUAGAGGAGGGGGCUGAAAGGGGCUCCGGGGUACCAAGCCAUCCCCUUAACCAACAACUGCAUCCACUAAGCCUGAUGGAGCCCAGGGAGGUACCGAAGCCCAGAUCAGACCAACUCAAGACGGACAAGCUCAAGCCCAGAUGGACAGAGAGAAGAGAAGGGCAGAGGCGAACUCGAGGGCCCAGGGACUCCCCUAGCACCACUGCCCUGAAACCACAGGAGAAUGUGGGAAAGGGCCGAGCCAGGAAGCUCCAGGUGGAGCAUGUGACUGCAGACUGGUGCUGCUCCACGCUGUCUGAGGCAACUGCCGACAGCACACCAGAGAGACAGAAAGGGACAGACAGACAGCCUGGGAUCCUGGAGGACACUGCAGAUGAUCACAGCCUAGGGGUGCUGAGUAUAGUGGACAAUGCAUCCCAGAAGUCCCCAGGUGGCAGGGGAAGCCCCAUAGGAAAGGCAGAGAAGGUGUCCCCUGGGGAACUUCCCAAGGGGUGGAAGGGAGCCCUGACAAGGGGAGUCUGGGGACCCACAGUGGCCAGGACAUCACCCAAGGAUCCAUCACAUGCAUCUGCGGGAGAGGCCUCUGAGGACUGUGCAGGGACCGGGGACGAGCAAGGCACCAGCGUUACGGCAGGAAUGCUGGUCCUUCCUGCAGCAUCCAGCUCUGAAACUGGCAGUACCAUCCUCAGCUGCCCACUGGGCCUCCUGGAUGCCCCAGAAACCCACAGUGGGAAUCCUGAGGAUCCUGACCCUCCAAACAUGCUUGAUGAUGACAUGUCCUUUGCCCAGCUCUUCCCUCCAGGUGGUCGCUUUGCCCGGAAGAAGAAUCCCAGGGUGUAUGGGAAGCGCUGCCGGAGGCUGCCAUGUUGGCCACCCACUGAGCCACUCAUCCAGGCCAGAGGUGACCCUUCAUCCUCCAUCCGGCUGCCCACAGACCUCAGUGACUCAGGCUCUCUCUGCCUCACCUGUGAGGACGUGUGGGGUAAUGAGCCUAUGGAACUGCCUGAGACCUGGCUGCUAGAUGGGGCACUGAGCAACAGCAGUCCAGGCCUUGGCCUCUGGGCCCUGGAGCCCAGCAGAGAGGCUGGCUGUGUGGACAAGACAACCCCCUGCUGCACUAUAGACAAUCAGACAGAGGCCAUCCCCAAGUUGCAUAGGAUCCCUGGAACCUGGAGAGGACUGGGACUACAGAUACCCCUACAAGAGUCACCCUCCACUGCCAGAGGUGUGAGUCCAGAGCCCCCCAACCUGGAGAGAGAGAGCUUCGAGGAGGGGCUGUCCCGGAGCUCCGAAGACUUGGAGAUGGUCGGGGCCAUGUUGGAGGCGCAGGACCUGUGUGUCCCGGGACCCUGUGAGGACCUGGCCCGUGUCCCAAGCACCAGUACCUUGGACCUCCAGGACGAAGCAGCUGGACCCAGACAGGCCCACGGUAGAGAGCGGUCGACCCCGGGCAGGAAGGGCUCCUUUAAGUGCCGCGUGUGCUUCCGGCGCUUCCACAGGCUAGUAGAGCUCGACCUGCACCGCCUAGCUCACAGCGCAGCACCGCCCCCCACCUGCUACAUGUGCGUGGAGCGCAGGUUCAGCUCUCGCCAGCUGCUGAGGGAGCACCUGCAGGAGAAGCACGUGCAGGGCCAGGCGGGGCCGUGGGCCUGCGGCAUGUGCUUCAAGGAGGUGGCAGACAUCUGGAUGUACAACCAGCACCUGCGCGAGCACGCCGCCCUCUUUGCGCGCAGAGGGCAGGCGCGGCGGGCCCCAGGUGAGCCAUCUACGGCCUCCGAGGACGAGUGUGCCUCGGUGGAGCAAGCCACAAACCACCAGGGACCAAAAGGGUCCGUCGGCAGGGAUGUGGAGGCGGACCCGAGGGACGGGGCUGGAUCUGCCCUCUGUAAAAGCCCCUACGGUGCCUCGACACCACCCAGAGUGCCCGGCAGCGACAGCCCCGCCACUCCCAGCCCGUGCCAGGAGCCUCGGGCCCACAGCGAGGUGCCGCUCUGCGCCGGCCCGGUGCACGCGGACUGCAAGGACCCAUCCCGCGACUGCCACCACUGUGGGAAGCGCUUCCCCAAGCCCUUUAAGCUGCAGCGCCACCUGGCGGUGCACAGCCCACAGCGCGUCUACCUGUGCCCACGCUGCCCCGGCGUCUACGCCGCGCACUGUGAGCUACGCGCGCAUCUGGGCGGCGCGCACGGAGAGGAGCCAGAGGCGCUCGAUGUGGCCCCCACGCCGCUCUUCUCCUGCGAACGCUGCGCAGAUGUAGCGCGCGUCACCCGCCGAGCCUUUGCGUGCAGCGCGUGCAACUACACCUUUGCACGCCGGGAGCAGCUGGACCGUCACCGCGAGAAGCACCGGCGCGCCUGCCCGCGGCCCUGCAUGCUCCGCGGCGUGCGACGGCCCAGAGCCAGCGAGGGCACGCUGCCCCCCAAACGGCAAAAGGUGGUGGUCCACGGGGCGGGCGGGCCCGCAUCCCCGGGCAGCAGGGCCCUGCCCCGCCUCUGUCCACAGGCGGCCCCCGGAACCGCUCAGGCCCAGGAGAGGCUGCAGGACACUGCAGGCCGCCCAGAUCCACCCACGGCCAGCCCAGGCCUUCCACCCCCAGUACUAUCUCCCUUCCCCGAUGCCCAGCCUGAAGACAGAGAGGGCCGAGAGCCGGACCGAGCCCUGGAGAAGCUGGAGGAUGAGGCGUCCAUAGGCAGCCCUGAGCCUCAGAGACAACAGGCUUCUCACCCGGUCUCAGGGAAACGUGGGACCCAGGAUAGCCGUGGAAGGUGCGCCCGCGAUCGAUCCCGAGGAGAGCCCUCCCAGCUCCUGAAAGAGAAGAAGGUGUCAGCGUGCCAUGUGGUGCCUGAGGGGGACACAGCCCAGCCUUCCCACAAGGGCAGUACUACCAAGCUGGGGGCUUGCUGGAGUGCAGCAAAGCCCAGGCUGGUGGCGAUCACCCCCAACAGGACACCCAAGCUACCAAGACCACCAAGGACGCUCACAGAGAUGAGGAUCCUAGCUCCCAGAGAGCUGGCCCCCGACCCUGAAAACAGGAUGAAGCCUACCACUCCCAAAGCCAAGCCAAGGCCUAGCUCCCAGGGGAAUGGGGGAUCGCACCCAGGCACCCAGACUUCAGGGGACAGCCGGCCCCAACCAGCCAGUGAGCAGCUACACAGUGCAACAGCCAUCACCCCAGCCAAGCCCAGCAGGUGCCCCAGCCAGAGCCCCACACCACACCCAAUCCCACCUAGAGCCCAGGCCAGGGGCAGCCCCAAGGGGACCCAGAGAUGCCCAGGUCCCCAGGACAAAACAGAGAGCAGUGAGAAGAGGAAGAAGGGCCCAGGCCCAGCUAAGCGGGGAAGCACAGGGAACUCAGCCAGAGCCCCCACAGCCCCAGAACGGCCUCCCCGAGCCCCCCGGAAGCAGGCCACUCCCAGCCGGGUGCUCCCCACCAAGCCUAGGGCCAGUGGUCAGAUCAGCAAGACGAGACCACAGCCCUGGGAAGCACGAAAGGGAGAUCCCGGCUCAGGCCACCAGAGGGAGGUGCUGAGCAAGGCCGUCCCCCAGGCGAGGAGGGGCAGGUCUGUCCCCAGCCCCAGGCCCACUGAGUUUCGAGCCCACCUGACGGCUGAGUCUCAGAGCGACCUUCUUAGCCAGCUGUUUGGGCAGAGACUGACCAGCUUCAAGAUCCCUCUCAAAAAGGACACUUCCGAGUGACACAUAAGCAGUGCCCAGCAGAGCCUAGGCCCCAUCCAGGCUCCUGGUGGUGACUGUUCAGCGCCCGAGGCGUCACCCCGCUGACACUCAAUGGUCUGGUGAAGCUGGUGAAGGUCCCUUUCUCGCCAGAAGUCUGGGAAUGACGGAUAGGCCGGCUGCAGCCCUGCUGAGACCACAAAGCUGUUUCCUUGGUACUAAGCACUUGAAAGAGCAGCUAUGCCCCUCUCAGCCCCAUGUGCUCUGGGACAGGCAGGGCAGCACAUGCUGCAAACCUCAUCUGAAGAUUUACAUGAGGUCCCCAGCCACCAAGGAGGGAUGUAAGUUUGGGCAGUUGAACAAAUGGU